AUGGCGGAGCAGAUUGAGUCGUUGCGCGCAAUUCUGCUGAGCUUGGUGACCGCGGUGGCGUCCUCACCAGCCAUGGGUCGCCAGAUCGCCGAUCAGCUGGACGCUGCGGGAAGGGGAGUCUUCCGCUCCAUCCCGGCGUCCAAGAAGAAGACACUGCGGGAUGCGUUCACUGAGAUGGCGGAAUUUUACGACCCGCCGACAUCGGCCACCAGAAAAUUUAUGUCGCGUCACCGGGCACCGGAGGAAUCGUCGUUGGCCUAUCGGGGGGCGUUGAUGGCGAUGGCCAUGGCCGCCUACCCCAACGCGACGGCCGAACAUUUGGAUCCUCUCAUCCUUUCCCGCAUGCUGGAGUUGUCUCAGGAGCUCAACAUCUCUCUACCGGUGUGCGGCCACGAACCGCUUUCGUCGCGGUGGGUGGCGCGCUGCCUGGACGCUAAGUUUAAUAUCAAGCGGUGGGACCAGAUGGCGGCGUGGAUGGGGAAACCCGAGAUCGACGGGCCGCCUCUGGGGUGGUCUCCGCGACUGGUUGUCCACUGCUCUGACGACUCGGGCGACGACGACAUGCUGGCUGCUGCUGUCCCGCAUAGGGUUCCGGGCCGGCGGCUGCGCGACCAGCGGGGCGACUACACGGGCCGACCGCGUGCGAGGGCCGGGUCGUCCGACCGCCGGCCGACGUCGGCCGCGUGUUUCAAGUGCGGAAGACGGGGUCACUUCGCCCGUGACUGCCGCUGCCGACCUCUGCUGUCGCCUGCUCCGCCGAGGGGACCUCUAUCUCCUCUACCUGUCGUGGAGCUGCAACAACCUCGGGGCACGCACCGCUGCGCCGCACCGCCUACGUCGCUCUGCCCAGUUAUGGGGGCGAUAGCGAAUGAGGACGACGCAGGGGCGAAAGCGAAAGAGGACGACCAGCAGGCAAGGAACGAACGGUACGCGCGCCGAUCGCAUUCUCGCAUGCCUUGGUCAGUGGGAGACCUGGCGUGGCUCCACUGCCCCCAGGUUCAGCAUGAGCACCUCCACUACCGCUAUGAGGUGCUGAAGAAGAUUGGGGAAGGAGGUCAAGGCCAGGUGAUCUGGUGCCUUGACCACAUGAGGAACACCCUGGUGGCCGUAAAGAUCUUGGUAUCACCAUUGAGCUCCAAGCGUGAUAAAUCUCAGAGAAUGGAGAUCAAGAUGGCUCUGGAACUUCAGGGCGAGGGCAGUGAUGAGGACUACAACGUCGUCAAAGUCCUGAACCAUUUUGACUUCAGAGGACACCACUGCAUUGUCCUGGAGCUGUUGAAGGAGAGCCUCCAUGAUGUGAUUAAGGAAGCGGGGCUCCGGCAAUUGCACAUGGGGAUGGUGAAAACUUACACCAGGGGCAUCCUCAAGUUCCUUUGCCACACCAAGGCCAGGAGCAUCAUCCAUGCGGACAUCAAGCCAGAAAAUGUUCUAAUCAAGGACACCGUGACCGGCACCAUCAGGGUCACGGACUUUGGCACCAGCUUUUUUGUGAAACGUCAACAUCGUGUGGGCAUGAUGUUCUGCCCAGUCAAGAGAAGGGUGCCAGGGAGCUUGUCACUUCACGGGGCACUCAAUAGCCAAGACCUGGAGUUUGUUGAAUUCGUCAGCUCCUGCCUGCGAACCAAGAAGAGGGAUCCGGAUUGUCGCAUGACGCCAGCGCAGGCGCUGGGUCACAGCUGGCUCCGGACCACGGCCACCAGCACCACCAGCAACGCCACCACCACUGCUACUCCUGGCAGUGUACAGUGUUUUGGAGCUGCUGAGCGACGAGCGGAGCCGGCGCUGCCCCCAUCCUCCGCGCUCGCCCAGGCCUCUAAAUGGCUGACGGUUGUUGUGGAGGAAGAGGAGACUCCGGUGGAGGAGCUGGUGGUGCAGGAGGAGGAGACCCUGGUGGAGGAGCGGGUGGUGCAGGAGGAGGAGGAGACCCUGGUGGAGGAGCUGUUGGUGCAAGAGGAGGAGACCCUGGUGGAGGAGCUGGUGGUGCAGGAGGAGGAGGAGACCCUGGUGGAGGAGCUGGUGGUGCAGGAGGAGGAGACCCUGGUGGAGGAGCUGUUGGUGCAGGAGGAGGAGACCCUGGUGGAGGAGCUGGUGGUGCAGGAGGAGGAGACCCUGGUGGAGGAGGUGGUGGUGCAGGAGGAGACCCUGGUGGAGGAGCUGUUGGUGCAGGAGGAGGAGACCCUGGUGGAGGAGCUGGUGGUGCAGGAGGAGGAGACCCUGGUGGAGGAGCUGUUGGUGCAGGAGGAGGAGACCCUGGUGGAGGAGCUGGUGGUGCAGGAGGAGGAGACCCUGGUGGAGGAGCUGGUGGUGCAGGAGGAGAAGACCCUGGUGGAGGAGCUGGUGGUGCAGGAGGAGGAGACCCUGGUGGAGGAGCUGGUGGUGCAGGAAGAAGAGGAGAUGAGGGGGGAGACAGAGGAGGUAUGGACGAAGGAGCAGGAGGAGGAGAUGGUGGUGCAGGUGGAGGAGACAUUGGUGGAGAAGAUGGUGGAGAAGGAGAUGACAAGGAAAGAGGAUCAGGUGAUGCAAGAGGAGAAGAGGAAGCCAGGGAGUCUGGCCCGCAUAGGGAGAACCAUCCGUUCACUCCUCCGACGCGUGCUGCUGUGUGGUGGCCGGUCCACCACACAGUAGAGGUGGUGGUGGUGGUCACGGAUCGUUGUGAACCACGACCACUAUCACCAUACCCACCACACACACCCUGCACCCAUUCA